UAGGGGUGUAGAUCGGACCCGGGAAGCGGAAUCCCGGCCUUGGUCUAGAGAUUGACCAAGACCCUUUCCCCUUCUCUGCCCAAAACCCCAGCCUCCAUCUGUGAGGCUUGCAACUUCCAGAAGUCCCUCGUACCUUCCAACCUAAUGUCUUCCGUCAAGUUUCGGUCCAGCGGUGGCUCCGCCCUCCUGGUGUCCCACGAGGAACUGGAGAAUCCGACGUUGGUCUGCCGAGGCGGGUUCGGCGCGGUAUUCCGGGCCCACCAUAGGUCGUGGCAUUUCGAUGUGGCGGUCAAGAUCGUGAACUCGGAGGUGAAUAUAUACAGGGAGGUGAAGGCCAUGGCAGGUCUGCGUAACACAUACGUGCUGGACCUCCUGGGGGUCACCGAGAACCUGGAGUGGGACGGCGAGUCCGGGCCGGGUCUGGUGACUGCAUUCAUGAACUAUGGCUCCCUGGUGGGGCUGCUACAGCCCCAGUGCCCUCGGUCCUGGCCGCUCCGCUACCGAGUGCUGCAGGAAGUGGUGCUCGGGAUGUGUUACCUGCACAGUAAAAACCUCCUGCACCGGGACCUCAAGCCCUCCAACGUCCUCCUGGAUCCAGAUCUGCACGCCAGGCUGGCAGAUUUUGGCCUGUCCACAUUUCAGGGAGGCUCAUGGUCAGGGGUGGGGUCCACGGAGCCAGGGGGCACUCUGGCCUACCUGGCCCCAGAGCUGUUAGCUAAUGUAAACCGGAAGGCCUCCACAGCCAGUGAUGUCUACAGCUUUGGGAUCCUAAUGUGGGCAGUGCUAGCAGGAAGAGAUGCUAAGGCGGUGUCCCAGACAUCACUGGUGCGUGAAGUAGUCUGUAAGGAGCAGAUCCGGCCUCCACUGGCAGAGCUGCCCGCGUCCAGGCCUGAAACUCCUGGCUUAGAAGGACUGAAGGAAUUAAUGCGGCGCUGCUGGAGCCAUGAGCCCGAGGACAGGCCCUCCUUCCAGGAAUGCCAACCAAAAACCGAAGAAGCCUUCCUUCUAGUGCAGGGCAAGAUAAAUGCCUCUGUCACCACGGUAAAGGAGUUUCUGUAUGACCACAGGAGCAGCAGCAGGAGAUUAUCUGCCCCAGAGUCAGGCCAAGGAGGAACAGAAAUGGAUGACCUUGCGGGGACCACAGGAAGCCAGUACUCUUAUAAUAAUUUCAUGGUUUCUGAGAUGAUAAAGAACCUGAAUCUGGAGCAGUACCCCAGCUCUGUUCCUGAAAAAUGCGCAAGCUUUGCUGAGAGAAGCAGGGCACAGGAAGAGCAGAUUCAGCAUGCUAGGGUGGCAGGGACAACUUCAGAUUCAAUGGCUCAACCUGCUCAAACUCCACAGACCUCAUCUUUCAGAAACCAGAUGCCCAACCCCACCUUGACUGGAACCCUAGGUCCUGGACCCCAAGGGAAUCAGGGAGCUGAGAGACAUGACAUGAACUGGUUCUCCAGGGCCCUGGGGCCAAAUCCAACAGCAGGAAAGGGCUCUGUUAACUUAUACCACUGCUCUGCGGUGCAGAUUGGAAACAACAACUACCUGACUAAGCCACAGAGAACUACCUUGUCCAGGCAAGGCCUGGCACCUUCGGGCGUGGGUAGGGGCUGGCAGCACCCCAGACCCAUGGCUUCAAAAGAAGGCCCCAAAGAACCUGAAGCCUGGAGUGGGCCACAGGGCCAGUAUAAUCAUAGUGGGAAUUAAAGCACCUUCUAAGCUGCCUGCAGAGGUUGAGGAAGAGCACCACGCCUUGUGGACCCCGACUUCCUUCAAGAGCAGUCAUGCCUGCGCCCAAACUGACUGUGAUGUGCUCCCCAGAUCCACAAAUGUGAGUCAAUAAA